UGAAGCAUCCAACCGAAUCCAAAUGAAACCAACACUCACUCUUCCUUCCUCUUAACUUGGUGCACACCAAGUAACAGAGAGAGAGGAGGUUGAUGAACGAUCAUUGAAUGCGCCCAACGACCCAAAACCCUUCGAAUUCAAUUGCGGGGACACCACCUAUCUUGUCUCGUUGCCGCACUCUUUCGGUAACCUAUCUUACUAUUUACACUUGGCAUUCACAUUCCUUUCAAUUAUUCUUCUUCCUGUUGCGGAACCUCGCUCGAUCUCGGCCUCUUUAUUCGUAGUGUUCAAUUAACCCACCCAAGCUGGCCCCACAUACUUCCUUUCUUCCACUCCUGCGCCUUAGAUAUUUGUACUUGUCAUUUAUGAUUCUAUAUCGGGUUCAAACUUGGCCACCUCUCGAUAAAAAAAUAACAAACACCACUCUCAAAACCCAACAAGUUAGAACAAUGCAUGAGCAUUCUACAAUAGCUGAGAUUUAAUAAUGAGCGAGUUACGCGGGUUUCGAAAACUGAGCCACGCCGCAGAAGCGUGUGGCUAUGAAGAUCACGGAGAUUCUCCACAUGGCAAACCUCCACACAGACGAUCUAAGAGUGCUUCUGAAAGGAACUUGGCAAAUGCAAGAGGUGGAGCCUCGCAUCCACUCGAGAAAGACCACAAUGAAUGCCUUGUUUCAACACCUUCAGUGGGUGCUUCUAGGUUACAGAGUCCGUCUUAUGACAAUCUCACUUGUGUAAACAAGAAUACCUCUUCAAGUCAUAGAGCAUCCUUAGAAAAAGAUGUUGAGCAACUACAGUUACGCCUACAGCAGGAGAGAUCCAUGCGCACUCUGCUUGAGAGGGCGAUGGGUCGAGCCUCAAGUACAUUAUCUCCUGGACACAGGCACUUUACUGCCCAGACAAAAGACUUGAUUGCUGAAAUUGAGUUGCUUGAAGAAGAGGUUAUAAACCGUGAGCAGCAAGUACUUUCUCUGUACAGGAGUAUUUUUGAACAGUGUGUUAGCCGGUCAACUUCUCAACAAAGUUCUGCUGUUGCUUCACCUGCUCAUACAAAGCAAGGAUCCAGGAAGCAUCCGAGUAUAAUUUCAAGUGCAUUCUGUUCAUCAAAAAAAUUCCCUCUACGAACCCUGCAAGCUCUAGUUUCUAAUAAUGACUUGAGGAAUAAAAUCUUUGGGUCUAAUCACGCUCCUUUAUCACGUGGCAAAGGCAACAAUUAUUUUAAAAAGACUUGUUCUGAUUCCACCAAGGCUCACGAAAAAUUUUCUCCAAUCGAGAAAACUCCAAUUUUACGUUCUUUGAAAGACCAUCUAUACCAGUAUCCAAGCAAGCUUUCUGAGGAUAUGGUGAGAUGCAUGGCCACUGUAUAUUGCUGGCUUCGCAGUGCAACCUCUGUAAAUUCUGAAAACGGUAGGUCACCAUUAUUGUCAAGGUCAUCCACUAAUGCUAUACGGCCUCGAAAUGGUAUUGGAGACGAUCUUGACUGGUCUUGCAAAUUAGCAGUUGAAAUUUCUUGGAUAUCUACUCACAAACGUCACUCUUCCCAUGCUUCUUAUGCCAUCAAAAAUUACAGAGUUUUAGUUGAACAACUAGAAAGGGUGAAUGUCAGUCAAAUGGAUAGCGAUGCACAAAUUGCAUUCUGGAUCAAUGUGCACAAUGCUCUUGUGAUGCAUGCAUAUUUAGCAUACGGAAUUCCCCAGGGUUCUCUCAGGAGGCUAGCCUUGUUUCACAAGGCUGCUUACAACAUUGGCGGUCAUAUCGUAAGUGCAAAUGCCAUAGAGCAAAUGAUAUUUUGCUUCCGAACACCUCGGAUUGGACGGUGGCUUGAAAGUAUUGUGUCUGCUGCCUUGAGGAAGAAAAGUGGUGAAGAAAGACAACUUCUCAGUUCCAAAUUGGGUCUUACUAAUUCCCAACCCCUUGUCUGCUUUGCCCUUUGUACUGGAGCCUUGUCAGAUCCUGUGCUAAAGGUUUAUUCAGCAUCAAAUAUAAGUGAAGAACUAAAUAUUGCCAAGAGGGAGUUUCUCCAAGCAAAUGUAAUUGUGAAGAAGUCAAGAAAAGUUUUUCUCCCAAAAUUGGUGGAAAGAUUUUCUAGAGAAGCAUCAAUAAGCGUAGACGAUCUCUUUGGAUGGGUCAUGGAGAGUGUUGAUAGGAAGCUGCGUGAUUCAAUGCAGAAGUGCCUUAAUCCUAAAUCCAGCCAAAAACCAUCUCAGAUCAUAGAAUGGUUACCUUAUAGCUCAAGGUUCCGGUACGUGUUCUCCAAGGAUGUCAUAGACAAGCCUUGGUGGGUAUGAGUCUAUGAUGACAUCUAACUGCUUGGUAAAGAUUAUUGAAUGAUUAGUGGAGGCAUAACUGGUUUGAGAAAGAGAGGAAGUUAGUUGCAGGUGUUGUGCACCUGAAAAUUUCUAUCAAAUGGAAUUUAUCUUCACACUUAUACUCCAACAAUAGCUAAUUGAAAAUUUGUGUACAUUGUAAUAUGAGAUAAAAUUAGUCGCAUACCUUCCAACAA